AUGGCAUUGAAAUGCUAAAUAUAGCUUCAUUUGAAAAAACAUGCAUGUGAUAUUUCCUAUGCUGAAAAUUGAUGAAGAGGAGGAGAGAGGCAGAAAGAGAGAGUAAAGAGCAAAAAUAAAUGGCAUUCAGAAGGAAACGUGAAAGGGCAAAAAAGGGGGUUAAGAUCAAGCCUAAUUUGAAGUUAUUACUAAAGACCCUCAAAGCCAAAGUUGCAAAGUGCUGAUGCAGGGAAUUGCAGGUAUUAGCUGCUGUUCGCGGCAGGAGCAGUAGGAGGGAGUGGAGACUCGUGGGAGCCCUGGUAUCCCUGUGCAAUGCUGUAUAGCUGGAUAAGUCUAAGAGCUUGGAACAGAUGAACAGAGCUAGUCAGACUUCAUCAUCAAAAGAAGACAAAACACUGAAGGGAACCGCACCAUUAGUUUUGCAUGGAAAAUUUGAUGCUCCACAGAAAAAAAGUUUGUAUGCACAGCAUAGCCUUACAUCUGCACUGAAGGAAAUAGAAUUUUUCAAAUGAAUCUAAACUAAUAAUAUGUAUCAACACCAAGGGCUCCAUGGCAAAACCGGCAACUCCAAAGUAACUUUUGUGAACUAUAAUGGGUGUUUCUGCCCUGAUGUCUGGUGCUUGUGUUCUCAUCCAACUGACUACCUGGAUUUUUAAACAGUCUGAUAAAUCCAAACUUAAUGUGUCAGAUCAUAUCUCGUGAUUAACUUGAAAUGAAAUCCAGAAGUAUUUCUCUCCAAAUCAAAGAGCAUCAGACUACAGAGAUAAAAGAUAAAAAGACAUAGGACACCUCAUACUUACUCUGGAGUACAAUAAGGUAUGGGCACAAGUAGGAUAAACCCUUAUAGCAUAGUGUCCUCUGAUGAAGAGAGACUGAGGAUGACCACAAUGCCUGGGGUCAAUGGCUUUGGCAAUGGAAAAAUUCAUACUAGAAGGAAAUGCAGAAACAGAUUUGUAAAGAAGAAUGGGCAAUGUAAUGUUCAAUUUGCAAAUAUGGAUGACAAGUCCCAGCGGUACAUUGCAGACAUGUUUACCACUUGUGUAGAUAUUCGCUGGAGAUACAUGCUGAUCAUCUUCUGUCUCGCAUUCCUAGCUUCAUGGCUACUCUUUGGAUUGAUUUUUUGGCUGAUUGCUUUUGUUCAUGGAGACUUAGAAAAUCCAUCAGGCGAUACAGAUUUCAAGCCAUGUGUUGUUCAAGUCAAUGGCUUCAUGGCUGCAUUCCUUUUCUCUAUUGAGACACAAACUACUAUUGGAUAUGGUUUCCGUUGUGUGACAGAAGAAUGUCCUCUAGCAGUUUUCAUGGUUGUGUUUCAGUCCAUUGUGGGCUGUAUAAUAGACUCCUUUAUGAUUGGGGCCAUAAUGGCAAAAAUGGCUAGACCUAAAAAAAGAGCCCAAACAUUACUCUUUAGCCACAAUGCAGUGAUUGCCAUGAGAGAUGGAAAGCUAAGCUUGAUGUGGAGAGUUGGGAAUCUUAGGAAGAGCCACAUAGUGGAAGCUCAUGUAAGGGCUCAGCUUAUAAAGCAUAGAAUUACUGAGGAAGGUGAAUAUAUCCCUCUAGAUCAAAUAGAUAUGAAUGUAGGAUUUGAUAAAGGAUUGGAUCGGAUCUUUUUGGUGUCUCCUAUUACAAUUGUUCAUGAAAUAGAUGAGGAGAGCCCUCUAUUUGGGAUUAGCAAACAAGAUCUUGAGACCUCUGAAUUUGAGAUAGUUGUCAUAUUGGAGGGUAUGGUGGAAGCUACAGCAAUGACAACCCAAGCUCGAAGCUCAUAUUUAGCUAACGAGAUCCUGUGGGGUCACCGGUUUGAACCUGUUCUAUUUGAAGAAAGAAACCAAUAUAGAGUGGACUAUUCUCACUUCCAUAAAACAUAUGAAGUUCCAUCAACUCCCCGAUGCAGUGCCAAGGAAUUGGUGGAGAACAAAUUCAUAAUUCCCAGUACCAACUCUUUUUGUUAUGAGAAUGAGCUGGCCUUUAUAAGCCGGGAUGAAGAUGAUGAGGAAGAUGAGGAUAGCAGCAUAGAUGAGUUUGACAGACUUCAAGCCUCAGUAGUUUUAGACCAGUAUUCAUACAGAAGAGAGUCUGAAAUAUGAGAAAAAUUACUAUUUUAUUACACUAAUUUUUAAUUUCAUCAACCUGUAACACAAGCAGAACAAUGCAAGUGCCAUAGAAACAUUCAAAUGAUAAUAUAUAGAUCUUUUAAUGACUUUGUUAAAUUACCUAUUUUAAACAUAUAUACACCAGCUGACUUAAUGAGGUGGAUAAAGUUAUUACAGCAUGUUUGCUAUAAUUAUAAGAUACUGAAAUACAGAUAUUAUAUGGUGUAGAGAAAAUAUUUUAACUACAGGAAGGGUACAAAAACUACAAAGAAACUCACAGAUUAAGCACAAAAAUCACAGAGGCUGUCACUCAAUAAAGUAUUUAUUAAAUGAUAAUGAAUACCUGUACUAGGGCAAUGACAGCCAGUUUCAAGUGUUAUGAUGAAGUCUUAGUUUGCCAGGUCUCAUAACAAAAAGGAAAUCUUGUAUACAGAAAAUGCAAUAUGAAAACAGCAAUAAAAGAUGCAAGAUUCUAACCCCCUUAUGUAAUAGAGGUACUAAACUUGCCAUUUGUAGUAACCCAGAGCAAUUAAUAGGAUGCUUACUUUUAAACAGGAAACUAGCGAAUUUUACUUGUUGAUUGCUUACUAUGGGUUACUGCAUGUGGGCAAUUAUAGUAUCCUGUAUUACAUAACCCCAAUAAGACAGUAAAGUUUCCAUACAAACAUGGAAUUUGUCACUUUUGACAAGUAUGUAUAAUGUUUAUGCUGUUCUGUAUUAUAUGUUUUUCAUAAUUUCCUUAGUCUAAAAGGAAGUGGUAGACUUAUAGUACACUUACAUGAUCUUUGCUAAACUGAUUGCCAGUUGUCUUCCAUAGUAGUUAACAUACCUUAGUGGAAAAAAUCCACUCAUUUGGCACUAGAGAGCCAUUAUAAAUACACAGGAAAGAUGGUGCCUUAGAAUUACAGGAUUGAUCUGUGUAACACAGAAAACAAAUCUCUGAUCAUAUUACAUAAGGUUCUUUUGAGUAAUCAUUAUGAAAAGCAGAAUUUAUUAGAUUUUAUUUACAUUUUAAUAUUUAAAAUAGUGAAUUUUAACUAACUGUUUCUCCAAUGGGGAAUGCUCAUGUUUUACAGUAAUAUAUAUGAAUAAAAAAAUAAAAUAUUAAAAAGACACAGUGUACUACUAUGUUGAGACUUUCAUCAACUCAUGAAUGUGACUUUCUACUUCACCUCCUGCUGAUAUAAUAUAGUUGCUAUAGGCACGUAGACAGGUGUGGUAUCUGACCAACUGACCCAGAUGGAUACUGUAGGGGCAAUAUAUGGUAAAUUAGCCCCUCUGUCAUUCCAUUUGUUGAGGCUGACAGUCUAAAUAAGUCUAAUAAGAACUGCAGGAAGUGAUGAGUAUAUUCUGUCAGUUAUGGUGCAUUGGGAGAUCAAAUUUUCAAAAAUACCCUAUUUAUGAACUGAAUAAUAAAAUAAUGGUCAGGAUCUCCAUACAUGUACUGAAAAUAGUAUGAAACAGUUGAAUUAUUGUGUAUGUGUAUGGCCAGUUUAUUUCUGAAGAAUUGUACAAUAACACACCACUUAUAAAUCAAUAUAGCCUGGGGCUCAGUCCGGAGGGAUUGGCACACCAUCAGCUCCAGUAUAACCACAGAAAUUACUGGCACAACACAACGUGUAAUGCAGGGGAUGCUCAUGUGCCAUCCCCAUAUUAAUACAGUGCUGACAAACACAGGAAUGAAUGUAUUCAAGAAACAAAUGCAUUUGCACUCUGUUCUGAAGCAGAAAAAUCUGUGCAAAAGACCACAGUUGUGACAAGGAUAUCAGGCUUAGAUUUAUUCUUCCUGUUUCCAGUCCUCUAUAUGGGAUCUGGACCACUAGAUGUAGAAACCCUAAGGACUUUGUUACUUCCCAAACUACUCUGUGGUGCAACUUUAUUUUGCUUGUUCUACAUUGAAUUUGCCAAUCCAAUUGCUCUAACAUCUGCAUUGUAUUUUGUGCAUAUUCCUGUGGAUCACUUGUCUUGGACAAUAAUUCAUUUCUGAGUUUUCUGCAAGAACCUUCUGGUCUUUUAUUUCUUAUAUUUGCACACAGUGAGUUGUAUCUGCACUACCUCCACCUUGAUCCUUUCACUUAGCAAAGUCCCAUUCUGUGUGUUAGAAUCCAUAAACCAUGAUCUAAAGCAAUCCUAGCUUCUGUUUUUCUGCCAAAAAGGGGUUACAUAUAUAUUCAGCCAAAUCAGAAAUGGGUAAUUACAUCUUUCUACUCCAAACUACUAAAGUGCAAAGCUAUGCUAAAGGCAGCAG